AUGGAGGAUGAGAGUUCUGGCUCUUGCUCCAUUGAUCUGCCCGACGGAGACGUCGUUUUGAAGUACAAGCAAACCGAAGCUGGGGAGCCUGUGAAGAAAGGCACAAAGCUGCGGAUUCUUCCAGUGGGCGAUUCCAUCACCGUCGGAUACUUGAGCGACAGGAAUGGCGGCGACGGUAACGGCUACCGGGGCCGGCUCAAGAAGGAUUUGUCUGGUGAUGAAGUUGUCUUUGCGGGGACAGAGUCAUCCGGCACAAUGAGUGAUGGUUACUACGCAGCUUGGUCUGGAAAGACCAUUCAGUACAUAUCUGAUCAUGUCCGUCCGUCAUUGGAGCAACGGCCAAAUAUCAUCCUGUUAGCAGCAGGGACGAACGACAUGAACCCGAACCGCGGCAUUUCCAAAGAAGGGAACGACCCCAAGGGAGCUGCUGAUCGACUGGGAAAGCUGGUCGACAAGAUGAUCAAGGAGUGUCCGGACGCCACCAUCCUAGUUGCGAUGAUCAUCAACACCUGUGACGAGAAGCAGAGUCCAGCAACGAAAGAGUUCCAGAAACUCAUUCCCGACGUGGUCAAGUCACGGAGGGAAGAUGGUCACCAGGUCCUCGCAGUCGACUUCACCACCUUCAAGACGAGCGAUUUGCAGGACUGUAUCCAUCCCACGAACUCAGGUUACAAGCUCAUGGGCGACUAUUGGUACAGCUUCAUUCACCAGAUCCCCACCAGCUGGAUCAAAAAGCCCGUCGGGUCCGACCCCAACAGCGGCGGAAGCGGCAACAACGGGGGGGAGAGUUGGACUGCCUGUAACAAAAACCCCAUUUGGAAGGGUGCGGGAAAGAUUGCUCAGGGUAACGUGGGCCACAACGGUGACUGGAAGUACCACAAGAAUUGGGUUGCCGAGGGAGAGGUUGCUGAGGGACUUGGGUGGGACACUCGCUAUGUCCCAGGCAACAACAACAGCAUUAUUGGCAGUGGCGUGGGCCCAGCAGAGACCAUCUUCCUUGCGGACAUGAACGGAGACGGCAUGGACGAUUAUCUUGUUGUUGAUCCAGAUAAUGGCUCAGUCCGGGUCUGGUGGAACUAUGGUCCCGACGAUAACUGGGUCAACGGCUGGAAGUUUGUGCCCGGGGGCCAGAUCGCGUCAAGCGUUCCACAUGCCAACCUCGAGACUAUACGAUUCCCUGAUGUCAAUGGCGACGGCAGGGCUGACUAUGUGUACAUCGGCGAAGGGGGAUCCUUGAAACACCACAUGAACACUGGGUCGGCUGGAGGGCAAGAUGUGCUCUUCCAUGCCAUGGGUGGUAUUGCAACGGGCGCCGUGAGGAACUUGUCUAACCUGGUAUUCGCUGAUGUGAGUUUCCCCUGCCUCAAUGGCCAUACGCGGUGA